UUUUAACAUUUUUACUUGAUUAGGCAGAAAAAUGCUCUCGGAUAUUGUUGACGUCAUCAAUACAGCUUGCUGCAAGGCCAUAACACCAGGUUGUAAAACGGCAUCUACUCUGCAUCAACUGAGCGCCAAAGUAUUUACGAAGGAAGUUAAUAAGAUUUGUCAGUAUGGGGUACGGAUCUCUGUUCUCCAUGAUCUACCAACUACCGUUUUGAGCAGCGUUUUGGAUCACAUGACCUAUUUUCCGUCCCUCAGAAGAAAAUUACACCAGGAGCUUUCUGACCCAGUUUUAUUCAUGAAAGGAUUCGCAAGUCAUGAAACCGAUCGAUUGAAAUUGGAAAAUUGCUUACGCCAUGCAAGUUUAAUAGGAAAACCAGUUCUGCCAGAGCUUGCCAAGAACUGGUGUAAAAGGCUGAUGGAAAUCAAACAACCCAUCGGAUUUUCGUCGAUUCUCAACAAAGUCGUAAAAACAAUUACAUUUGGAGCGUAUCUACACGAAGCUGGGUGGGUUUUCCAGAGCAUGGAAGUGCUCGAUAUCGCUCUACUUAUGAUUUCACAAGCAAAAGAAAAUAAAAAUCACGAAGCGUUGGAGAUGAUAUGUGUGAAGCAUAAGCUUCGGGCCGAAGGAAGUGCUCUACUACGAACGAAAGCGGAUACAACAUGUAGCAUUUUGUUGACGAUGAUCGAAAAUACAACUGACAGCGAAGAUCUCCUCAAAGUGUAUCUCGAAGUGGCGAACCAUAACUUCAAAGCCCAUCGUAUUGCCGAAAGUCAUCACUGGACUAGGAGAGCCAUGGAACUCAUGACUGAAUCUACUUCAGAUGAUUCCAUCAUAGAGAUUCUACAACUGGAAUCGGUCUAUCUCUUCCAUUCUCAACGCCAUGAGGCUGGUACCUUGAUUAUCAGCCAAGCAAUUCAUCGUGCAAAAAUAACAUUUGGAUACUUAAAUCGGCGGUACGCAGACACGUUGUACACUUAUGCAGUUUGUCUGCUACAAUCUAACGCAAUAUCCGAUGCUCUUUCAGUUUUGCUGGAACUCCUGGAAGUUAUCAACAAGGUUUACGGAAAGUUUACACCACAUGUCGUGAUCAUCCGAAGCUACUUGGCAUAUGGAUUCUACCGACGGUCACAAACAUCAGGACGGUGCGAUGUGGCAUACGACCACAUUCAGCAGGCAAUCACGCUUGCAAAGCAACUGAUGCCAGAACGACGAGAGAUUAUCAGCCAUUUGGGCGAGAUACGAGCGAUGAUAAUGAAAGGACGCGACGAUAUACUGGCUGCUAUUGAGGAAAACAGUACAACUUUAAAUGAUGAUUUUAGUAUGUUAACCGUUGCUGAAAUCAAGCAGAUGAGUUUUCAGUUGAAUGAUUAGAGACUAUAUGAAUACUAAUAAAGAUACAAAGCUUUUUUUUAUGAAAAA